AAUUUGAAAGUCUGCCCAAACUAACAGUCCAUAUGCUAUCGAUCGAUGUAAUGAAGUUUAUAAUAUUGUUAUAAAUAUUAAUUUUAAUAAUAAUAAUAAUAACAAUGAAUGUAAAUGUGAAUAUGAAUUGUAAAAGUGAUAACAGUAUCAGUGAUAGACAGUGCAGUAACUGCGGGACAACGAGUACCCCUCUAUGGCGUAAAUACGGAUCGUGUCAUUUCCUAUGCAAUGCGUGCGGACUAUACUAUAGAGUAAACGGCGACCAUCGGCCGCAUGUGAGCAAAAUCUCUCGGGUGUCGACACUUCGCAAAAGUUUUCUCCAUUGCGCUAAUUGUGGCACAAAUAAGACAACGAUGUGGAGGAGGGAUGCGGGAGGCGUUCACGUCUGCAAUGCUUGCGGUCUCUUCUUUCGCAUCAAUGGCUUCAACCGACCGGUGUCUAUGAGAAGAGAUGUGAUUCGGACCCGAAAACGACGCGAAAAGGAUUUAAUGCAAUCCUCGCCGGAGGAGAGCGGACUCAACCCCAACGGCCCGCCGGGUCUGGACUUGUCAUCCAUAGAGCUCUCAUCGCUGAGCGCCGAUCCGCACAUCAAACUGGAGUCCGAUAGGGAUCUGACGUCGACAUCAUCGACACUGUCCUCUCCGUCCACCUCUUCAUCGAACGAGUCGUGCAAUUCAUACAACUAU